AUGAUUGUGUCCGCUAUAAUUAAGCUUGCAUAUCAAUAUGAUCAACUAUUAACUUCGUAUCUACAGUCAAAUUCAUUCACCAGUAACUUGUUGGCUACUCCGAUCUCGAAAUUGAUUACUGAGUUUUUAAUCAUUGUAUUUAUUGUUUUGUUCAGUUACGAAACCAUUUAUUGGAGUGGGAUAUAUUUGAAACUAUGGGAUUAUCAUGCCAAAGAUAUCUUUACAGAAGUCCCCAUCCACUGUUCACACGUUUACAUUAGAUUGAAUUUUGUUGAUUCGGAGAACAUUGAACUAUUGGAUCAAUAUUAUCAAUUGAAAUCCAAUUCAACAAUAUUGUUAUCCAAAUUUCACGACCAUUUUAACUUUAAUGUCAAUUUUGAUCUUGCUGGUGACUUUAACAAUUGGAAAAAGUUAAAUUCAUUGAGUCGAGAAGUUUUCAAAUUGCAAAAAUUUAUCAAAUACUACUUUGAAUUUAGCCCAGAGGAUUUUGAAAUGAACGAAGAACCAGAAUUCGGUAGCACUAUCAUUCAUUUACGAGGUAGAGUACUAAACCUUAUCAAUGAUUCUGAGUAUUUACGUCAAUUUAACCAGUCAAGUGGAAUAAAAUCCGAUAACAGUAGCGACAAUAACAAAAACGAAUUGACCGUCGAUAAUGUGAAAAUCUACAAUAAUAAAAAUAUUGAGGUCGGCACUCAUGAAAAUGACAACUAUUUAAGUAAAUGCAAUAUUGAAACUGGUAAUACAAUUGAUGUGGUUGUUGUUAUAUAA